AUGGCUCUGGUGGCGGCAUUCGCCAAUCUGGUUGGAACCAGAGCGCAAAGCUCAAGGAUAAGCCCAAGAGCGAGGACGCUGGAAACGAAUGAAUGUGGUUCCUUACUGGCCAUUUUGGCCGGAUUUGGCCUGAUGAAGUGGCUAUGGAGCUUCAUCGUCGUGCAGAUCAAGAAGGAGACGAAGCGGGUUCAGAACGCUGUGGCGACCCCCGAAUCCACGGAGAACAAGCUGGAACGGAAGGCUGCCGCUACCACGGUGCAAGGACACUUCCGCAGCGCACAAAGUGCUGUGGUCAUGAAGGCAGCAUGUCAGAAUUGCACUAGAGUUCAGUCAUGA